AUGAAAAGUAAUGUUUUUGUAGGGUUGAAGCCAGCUGUUGGAGCUGGAGCGGACUACAAGAAGAGCGGAGAUAAUUACGACUAUAUUUUGCAUCCGAUCACAAACUCUCGUUACCGCGAACGUGUGAAGAAGGUAUUUCAAGAAUAUCGGGCAGAGGUUGACAGGAAUGUGACACUUUGGGUCCCUGAACCUCAGCUGCAAGAACUUUGUAUACCACCUUCAACUUCUAAGGAAGAUUCUCCUAGCUUUAUUGGCCUAUUAUCGUCGUGGGUUGACUUAGAGAGUACGGACACUUGUGUUCGAGAACUCAGCUACCAGGUCUUAAUCAACGAGUGGAAUUAUGCCAAGUUUGUAGGCAUUAAGCAGCUGAUCCUGGCACCGCCCAAGAACCUGGCGAACUUGCAUUGUUACGCACUGAUGGUCGCGCGCCUUCUCUUGAAGUGCGACGCUGAGUCUCCGGUGCUGUCCAUCUCCCUGCCUUUUUUCGAAGACACCGAUCCGCUUUCAACGUGGGAGUUAUGGGGCACUAUACGAAAAACUUGCGGGUAUCAUCCCAGCCUGACCAUUUCACUUGCAUUGCCAAGAGACAGAACGCCUUCCUACGUGCUUCAAAGAUGGCUCGCAGAACCCGUGACAUGCCUUUUAGUUUCUUCAUCGAUUUUUGCCACGAAUCAGUACAACUACCCAGUUCUGAACAAAUUCAACCAGCAAAUUAUAUUUGAGUUUCAAAAGAUCAAUGGAAACUCGCAAGCAAGGCUCUCCGAGCUCUGUGUUAUAUUGCAUGGUAUAGAAAAAUAUGCCGCCCAGGUAAAAGGUGGCGAGCCCGCUUACCUUGAAUACGUGAACUAUUUACUCAAACGUGGAGAUAAGGUUUUAGCGGCAGAGUCUGUAAGCACACCUGGAAAAUAUUCAGAGCCUAGGAUUAUGCCGCCGCUUGACCCUUAUUCUGACGAAAUCUCAAACGCGGUCUACCACACCUUCGAGCAGGAUAGAGUGAAGUAUGAGCUAUACGGCCGAGCCAUUAAAGAGGCUUUGAAAGAGAUGAAGAUAAAUCGCAUGGCAGGAGCGUCAGCAUUGAAUAGUGCACCUGUGACAAUACUGAUUGCGGGUGCUGGCAGGGGCCCCCUGGUUGACGAAGCUUUCAAAGCUGUCAAGGAGCUCAAUAUUCAAAACUGUCAUAUGGUGGCCUUGGAAAAAAGUUCACAGGCCAUCCUUUACUUGCAGAAGCGCAAAUACGAAUAUUGGAAAGAUGCUGUCGAAAUUGUGAAAGAUGACAUGUGCACUUGGCAAAGCAGCAUUAAAAUUGAUCUCUGCGUCAGCGAGCUUCUGGGCUCAUUUGGCUGUAACGAGCUUUCGCCAGAGUGCUUGAGCAACAUAGAGAGAAACAAUUGCAAAAAAGGCACUGUAUUCAUACCCCAGUCCUAUUCGUCAUUUCUCGCCCCAAUUUCAUCCCCACUGCUUUAUCAAACUCUGAAGAAUCUGGAUGUUCCAGAUCCUUUCGAAAAGCCUUGGAUCGUUCACAGCAUUCCCUAUUGCAUUAUUUCCACAAAAAUCAAUGAGGCUUGGUGCUUUCAGCAUCCUCCUGCUACCAUCAAUGACCAAUUAACCAAGUCAGUAGUGACAGAUUUCAAAAUAAAAAAUAAAUGUGAGGUUCAUGGCCUCAUGGGGUUCUUUAAAGCUACCUUGUAUGGGGAUAUCGGCUUAUCAAUAGUGCCAGACGAUUCAACAAUCAAGUUGAUUGGAGAUACAGAUUUUAUACCUGACUCUGAGAAGCGAUCCUCAGGUUUGUACGUUAAAGGGGAGCAUACACCGAACAUGACAUCUUGGUCACCUAUCAUUUUUCCAUUGAAGCAGCCCUUAUUUAUCCCCGAUGACACUGAGCUAGAGGUUUUUAUGACGAGAAACCACAGCUCAGUAAACCGGAAAUUUUGGUAUGAGUGGUCAGUGAGCUCAUACGUAUACCUUGUCAUGUCUGACCGUUCCCCACCGUCACGUAGGCCAAUCAAUAAGCCUCCGGUGCAAUCAGGCUACGAAGAAACUUCUCAAGACAAUGGAUUCUACUCUUCACCGCCCGCUAUUGGUGUCGAAAGGGCUUUUGAACGAUUUCGGCCUUCACCUAAUUAUCUCUCGGAGCACGGUAUUAGCGGCUUUGAUGAAGAGAGCGAAGCAUUUGAGGGGGCAGAAAGCGAGAGUGGAUUUCUCGGCCACCAACAAAGUGGAUGGAAAAGUGUUAAUGACAUCCAUGGACUGGGAAUAAAGAAUCCCCCCGUUUUUGAUCUGCAUUCCCCUUUAGGACAUUCUGCUUCAGGUGAUCAUUCCGCCGCGGAAGAGUAUCACGUCCGGGUCAAAACUGGUGUUUCCGAAUUGCAUAACGUUGGUGGCAGGUUUAAUAACAUAUCACUGAGAUGA